UCCUGUAUAGUCAUUUACAGGUUUAAUAAUUAAAUAUAUACGAUCGACAGUCUUCCAAGGUGCUUUUUAUAUUUUAUUUUGUAAUUGUUUAAAAGAGAGAACUUUUUUUAGAACCGUUAUUUCAAUGAAGGUUCAAUCGCCGAUUACUGCUGGAAGUCUAAAUGUUAUUUAAAAGCCCUUCCAUCCAGUAGCUACCCUCGAAGCCGUUCAUCAAAUGCUUCUCAUCUAUCUUAGCCAGACUACACUUUCCAAAGCGGGCACAGCUUGUUCAAAAUGCAGCCUCACAAGUUAUUCGGAUUGCUUUACAUUGGGAUUUACUUGUGGAUAUCGUUCUGCUUCAGGGAAUCCCACCAGGGCGAAUACCAAAGGAAACUCUACAGAGACCUGCUAAAAAACUACAAUCGCCUGGAGCGGCCUGUGCUGAACGACUCCCAGCCACUGCUUGUAGAAUUGGGGAUGACCUUGCUGCAAAUUAUUGAUGUGGAUGAAAAGAAUCAAGUGCUGAUGACAAAUGCUUGGUUGCAGUUGUAUUGGACUGACAUAUACCUUACCUGGAAUCAUUCUGAAUACCCAGGAGUUCAAAACCUGCGCUUCCCAUCUGACCAGAUUUGGGUUCCAGAUAUUCUUCUGUAUAAUAGUGCAGAUGAACGAUUUGAUGCAACCUUCCACACAAAUGUCCUUGUAAAUUCAUCUGGAGCAUGUCAGUACAUCCCACCAGGCAUUCUGAAGAGUACCUGCUAUAUUGAUGUCCGCUGGUUUCCCUUUGAUGUACAAAAGUGUGAUCUGAAAUUUGGUUCCUGGACACAUAAUGGUUGGCUUCUUGAUCUGCAGAUGCUGGAAGUGGACAUUUCAUCAUACAUUCCAAAUGGAGAAUGGGAUUUAGUAGGGGUCCCAGCAAAGAGGAAUGAGCUGUAUUAUGAGUGUUGCAAGGAGCCCUAUCCUGAUGUGACUUUCACAGUAACAAUGCGCAGGCGCACUCUUUACUACGGCCUGAAUCUUCUUAUCCCCUGUGUCCUCAUCUCAGGCCUGGCGUUACUAGUGUUUCUGUUGCCCGCUGACUCUGGAGAGAAGAUAUCACUAGGGAUCACUGUGCUACUGUCUUUAACAGUGUUUAUGCUUCUGGUAGCUGAGAUUAUGCCAGCAACAUCUGACUCUGUUCCACUAAUAGCUCAGUACUUUGCAAGCACCAUGGUGAUUGUAGGCCUUUCUGUAGUCGUUACAGUGCUGGUGCUACAGUUCCAUCACCAUGACCCCCAUGGAGGAAAGAUGCCCAAGUGGAUACAAGUUGUGCUUCUGAACUGGUGUGCUUGGUUUUUACGGAUGAAGAAGCCUGGAGAAGAUAGAAAGCACCUCACGUACAAAUACAAUCCCCAUGCGCACCAUUCCAGUGCCAGCAGUAUUGAGAUGAAUGCCAUACCUGGACAGCAAUCGACCAACGGGAACAUGAAUUUGUAUUGUGGCUACCAUGCUAUGGACAGCCCUUGCUGCCCCCCCAGCACUGAUUCCGGGGUGAUGUGUGGAAGGACAACCAGCUCGCCCGCAGAGGACCAUCAAACCAAUCCCCCCAGGACUCUCUCAGAAAACAUCCCAGAAAUUGCCAAAAUCCUGGAGGAAGUACAAUACAUUGCUAGUCGCUUCAGAGAUCAGGAUGAAGGAGAAGCAAUCUCCAGUGAAUGGAAGUUUGCAGCCGCUGUUGUUGACAGAUUGUGUCUUGUAGCAUUUUCACUCUUCUCCAUUAUCUGCACUUUUACAAUAUUAAUGUCAGCCCCUAAUUUUAUAGAAGCUGUUUCCAAGGAUUUUGCAUAGUACAUGCAAACAAAAGAAAAGUUGUCAAUCAUAAGAACUAAAGAAAAUGAAAUAAUUGUAAAUAUACACAUCAUCAUAAAAUAUUAAUCGUGCUAACAAUGAAAUACUGCAGCUUCUAAAAAUUACGGGAGUUUGCAAAUUAUCUGUCAACAUUUGAAUCUUUCACUGUACAAAUCAAUUCAAAUUACAAAUGCCAUAUUUGUUUCCUGUCUGUAUUAAAAGGGAAGCUUCAGAACGCUAUAAUGCAUUCAAGACCUAUUUAUAUCUCUUGGUAAAUUCGCUUGAUCAAAAACAUAGUUUUUGCUUCAGAUUCGCUUUACUCCUCUUUAAAGCCUCCAUGUUUCCCACUUCACAAGCUUUCAUUUGGUUGUUACAGCACUGCUGAUAUUGUUUUACAUUGCUAUGCAUGAGAUGCUGGUUCCUUGCUAUAUAAAGCCUUUUACAGCCUAAUUCAAGCAAAGCUGAUUAUUGUAAUGUAAUCAUUUCUCCAUGAACCAGUAUACUAGAACGAAUAAAUCAAUAUUAGUCAGCAUUAUAGCUGCUGAAAACAGUGAUAACUAAUAAAUGCACUAGGCUUGUUUUAGGGGGACAAGAAUUAUGUUGUGUGGAAAUUAUUACUGUCUCACGUUGUAGCUGGGAGGUGGAAAGGAAAUUUAAAGGACAUAGAGACACGGACAAAAUUAAAUGAGACAGUUAAAAUAUAAUAUAUAGGGUCUGAGCAUUUCUUUAUGACAGGGAAUGAUUGGAAGAUUAAGUUAUCAGGAAGUUUCCCUUUAAUACUAAAAGUGUAAAUGUAAAACCCUGAAAUCAAAAUCUUUAUUCUUUAUUUUAUGAACUUUGAGGGUGUUCAACAUUAUAAAAAGAUUUUACUUUGUGUGUAUCAAUAGCACAGUAAUUCACAGUUUCAGGCUAAUAGCACAGGCACAAUAUUCCAGGUGCAAGGUGAACUUUUUGUUGUUGAGAAUUCUCAAAUUCCAAGAUUAAAAUGGUUGUAGCUAACAAAUUAAUUCCAUAAAUCUUGCCAUGCACUUCCAUUUUCCAUACACAUCAAAAUUGUGAAUGAAUGAAUGAGGCACAUGUUUUACUAAAGAUGUUUUUUAUUUUAAAACAAGUUAUUUGGUACUGUAUUACUAGGUUAAAGAAACCACGUUCUGCAAUAACUGAUCUCAAGUAGUCCUGCACCAGUUUACCUACCUACUACCAUGCUUUGCAGCCAGAAACGUGCUUUGACACUGCUGAGGUGAAAUCUACCUAGGGAGUUAAAAUGGCAACACAAGAAUCUAAACAUUUUUAAAUGGGGAAAAAAGAGUCUGUUUUAACAUGUGUGUAUUUCAAAACUUCACUUUCAGAUCUAUGUAGCUUGUAGCAACAUCGUAACUCAGUUUAAACAGGUUGUGUGUCAGUGGGAACUAAGUAACAGUUUUGUUUUAUGACAAAAUUACACAGUAUUGUACACCCUCAAGUACAAUGUGAAAGUAUUAUUACGGCUUUUUAUAUGCACUGGUAAAC